UGUAUUUUCUGAACGCAAUCAUAUUUUGACAUUGUAGCUCUCCGAUUGAAAAAGUAGAUAGUUGAAUGUUACUUGAUGUUACUAUUGUGUCAAACGAUACAGUCUAACAACGUGCGUAAAAUGUGAAAAAUAGUAGAGAAAUUUACGACAAUGAGUAAGGAACCACAAAUUUCUUCGCACGAAAUGGCGCAAUAUCGCCAGCGGUUAAUGAACCAGAAGGAAUUUUUAACCGACAUACUAUCUAAAAUUGAUAAACAAAUACUUGCCUUACAGGUUGAACGAUUACAUUUGAAAAAUACUCUACUUGGAUCAGAGUAUUCGAGACGAGAAAUACUGCCAGAUUCAGCAACAAGAAACAAUUUUGUGAAAACUGAGCUGAUAACAGACGAGCCAAAAAAUCUAACAGAAGAGUUAGAUUUAUCUGUAGAACCAACCUUCAGUAAAUUUGAAGAAGAAACGGAAGAUGACUUUUUGAUCUAAUAUCCUAAAUGCUAAAAAUUUGGAUUUAUUAUUGGAAUUAUGCUAUGUUAAUGCUAUAAAAAGAGAGAGAAUUCAGAUCCUUAUGCAAUUUAAAUGUAUAUUUUGUAAUAAAAUGCACUAUGAUAUAUAUUA